AGUCGGACGACGCGUUUCUCUUUCAUUAACCCGUGGACCCAACGAUACGUCAACAGCAAUGUCCGUUGAUAUCAACUGGGACACAAUUACAGGCGGCGCAGAUGGGUCCGUCCGCGCAGAGAAGAUACGCGCGUUUAUUCAUGAUCGGUUUCAGCAAGUGACAUUACCGAGGUUUAUUCGCUCUGUCCACGUUCACUCGUUCGAUUUCGGCAACGUGCCUCCAGUCAUUGAGAUUAAGGACAUUUGCGACCCCCUUCCAGACUUCUAUGAGGAAGAUGCAGAAUGCUCCGACGAGGAGCAAGACGUUAAUGGCGCCGAUGAGCCACAUGACGCCACCAAUGAACACUCGAGAUACUCGUCAAAAGAUCGCCAUACGCGAGAUGCCAGCAGAGAUCCACCGCAGACCGACCAUCGUACCUCCAGACAACCCAGCGUAACACCAUCAUAUAUCAACACGAGACCGACUGUGUUCCGACAUCCCACUGACCAGCUGGGAGCUCACCUAUUUCCCAGGGUAUCCACACCCGGUAUACCUGGCGGUACCUCGAACCUCAACUACUUCCACCUCCCUCUGGGAGCAGGGCUCUCUGGUGCCACGACGCCUUUAGCUGCUGUAGCUGGUGCACAAAUACAGGGCUGGCUUGAAAACCCGCAUGGUUGGCCCACAACACCAACCAACAAGCGUCUCCACCAAACUGCCUCCAUGAAUUCAUUGACGUUGACGCCGCAAUCAAACCCAGACCCCAGCCCACGGCCCUCCUCACAGCAUAAGCAUGACGAAGAAAGGAUGAGCCCUCUUGCCGAGUCAAAUGACUCAUCCUCACAGCAUAAUUAUGAGAGAACACCGUCCCCGGCACCAGCUUGUAUGCGCGAGAAGAGUCCAGAGGAUCUUCAGGUUGUGACACAUGUGCAAUACUCCGGCGACAUCAAGAUGUCAUUAACCGCCGAAAUUCUCCUGGAUUACCCCAUGCCAAGCUUCGUGGGCAUUCCGUUGAAACUCAACAUUACUGGACUUACAUUUGACGGUGUAGCCAUCCUGGCGUAUAUCAAGAAACGCGCUCACUUCUGCUUCCUCUCGCCUGAUGAUGCAGACGCUCUGGUUGGUCGUGAAACACUCCAAGGGUCGGAUCUUGCGUCGCGCCUAAAAGUUGGAGGUCUAUUGGAGAACAUCAAAGUAGAGAGCGAAAUCGGAGGCCAAGGUAGUGGAAAACAGGUGCUCAAGAACGUAGGAAAGGUGGAGUCGUUUGUUCUGGAACAGGUCAGGCGAAUUUUCGAGGAUGAAUUUGUCUAUCCAAGUUUUUGGACAUUUCUUGUUUGAAGAGCCAGAACAAAACGAGUAUACUGUAUACUGAGUGGGCACGUCGAAACAAGCAACUACACGCGAUUGACAGUUCCAGCCCUAAUUGCUAUAACAGGGUGUACCGGAGCAAUGAAUCAGUCCACUUUGAAUAUGUCACUCGGCUUCUUCUAGGCGCUGUACACCGCUGUCAAAAUGCACCUACCCUAGCAUCGCUUCUCCUCGUUACACCGGCCCGCUCUGAGCAACUGUUACAGCGCAGGGCGCGCGUCUCACGGCAU